AUGCACAGAGCAAUAUUUCGUUGGAUAACUGCCAAGGAUUUGAAUAAGAUAGAAUUCUCGAAAGACCUCACCACAAACACUCCCAUGGGGUUAUUGAGGGGCAUCAAAUCUGGCACAGAAACUUACCACAACCUCUUCAAAAGAUUGUGCAGUUACGUGGGCAUCCACUGCGAAAUCAUCAGCGGCUUCUCGAAAGGAGUGGGCUACAGACCUGGUUCCCGCUUCAAAAGUGAACGAUUUCGGAACCAGUGGACUGCCGUGUGGAUCAAGGACUCGUGGAGGUUCAUCAACUGCAACUGGGGUGCACGUCACGUGAAGGAGGCAAACGACCAACAACUCACUUACAAAAUCGAUGAAUUUUAUUUCCUGACGGACCCUGAAGAUCAUAUACAACAACAUUUUCCAGACGAUCCAAAGUGGCAGUUGCUGAGGAGGACCAUAACUUUGGAUGAUUUUGUUCGCAUGCCAGUCGUCAAAUCUCCAUUUUUCAACAAUAAAUUAAAAUUCACGUCUAACGUGGAAUCUGUCUUG